CCGCGGCGGCGGCUGACGAGGGGAUCCCGCGGCUGCGGCGACGGCGGCCGCGGUGGAGCCACGGGGCGGAUUCGGCUCAACGUGACGGCGGCCGCGGCGGCGGCGGCGGUGGCGGUCGCGACCAGGUCAGCGACCCUGGCCAAGCAUGGUGGCAACCUGUGCCCUUGGCUCCCCCGGCUCCCUCACCUGGUACAGCUGGAGGAGCUGCCAGCCUCGGGCACUGAUGGCCCCUCUCCUGAGGGAGUGAUCUGCCUGCUCCAGCGCCCCUCUCCCAUGGGGAACGCAGUGGCCAAGUGAACUGCAAUCACUGCACCAACCCCCGCCCUGCAGCUGGCGCAUGGUGGACACAGCAACAAGUGGCCGUCACGGAGUCAUGGAAUGAUGGUGCGGAGCCAGGCAUGAGCGGCCCCCAGGGUCGCCUUUGACUUCUGCUGGAAAUCGAGGCCUGAGCACCCCAAGCCCACCCAGUGGAUGGGGCCGUCAGGGCCCCGAGCAGCUGCCUGACCAUCCCAUCACACCGCACCCAGCAUGGCCGACGGCUUCCAGUACCGCGCACUGUACCCGUUCCGCCGGGAGCGGCCAGAGGACCUGGAGCUGCUACCCGGCGACGUGCUGGUGGUGAGCCGGGCUGCACUGCAGGCACUGGGCGUGGCGGAGGGCGGUGAGCGCUGCCCACAGAGUGUAGGCUGGAUGCCUGGCCUCAAUGAGCGCACCCGACAGCGAGGUGACUUCCCUGGCACCUACGUGGAGUUCCUGGGGCCUGUGGCUCUGGCCCGGCCAGGCCCUCGACCACGAGGCCCCCGCCCACUUCCUGCCAGGCCCCGGGAUGGGCCCCCCGAACCAGGCCUCACACUCCCCGACCUGCCUGAGCAGUUCUCCCCACCUGACGCGGCACCCCCCAUUCUGGUGAAGCUCGUGGAGACCUUUGAACAGAUAGGGCUGGACAGCGAACCCCACUGCCGGCCCGAGCUGCCCGCCCCGCGCACAGACUGGUCCCUGAGCGACGUGGAUCAGUGGGACGCUGCUACCUUGUCGGAUGGCAUUAAGGGCUUCCUGCUGGCCUUGCCCACGCCCCUCGUGACACCUGAGGCCUCAGCAGAAGCCAGCCGGGCUCUGCGGGAGGCUGCGGGGCCCGUGGGGCCGGUGCUGGAACCCCCGACGCUGCCGCUGCACCACGCUCUCACGCUGCGCUUCCUACUCCAGCACCUGGGCCGGGUGGCCCGUCACGCCCCAGCCCCGGGCCCUGCCAUCCGCGCCCUGGGGGCCACCUUUGGGCCGCUGCUGCUGCGCACGCAGCCACCCUCACCGCCGCCAGGGGGCGCGCCCGACGGGAGUGAGUCCAGCCCCACCUUCCCCCCACUGCUGGUGGAGAAGCUGCUGCAGGAACACCUGGAAGAGCAGGAGGUCACACCUCCAGCACUGCCACCUAAACCAUCCAAGGCAAAGCCAGCCCCCACAGGCCUGGCCAAUGGGGGGAGCCCACCUUCCCUGCAGGACGCAGAGUGGUACUGGGGGGACAUCUCCAGGGAGGAGGUGAACGAGAAACUCCGGGACACCCCAGAUGGAACCUUUCUGGUUCGAGAUGCAUCCAGCAAGAUCCAAGGGGAGUACACGCUCACCCUCAGGAAAGGCGGUAACAACAAGCUGAUCAAGGUGUUCCACCGCGACGGCCACUACGGCUUCUCAGAGCCGCUCACCUUCUGCUCCGUGGUGGACCUCAUCACCCACUACCGCCACGAGUCCCUGGCCCAGUACAACGCCAAAUUGGACACGCGGCUCCUCUACCCCGUGUCCAAGUACCAGCAGGACCAGGUGGUCAAGGAGGACAGCGUGGAGGCGGUGGGCGCCCAGCUCAAGGUCUACCACCAGCAGUACCAGGACAAGAGCCGCGAGUACGACCAGCUCUACGAGGAGUACACGCGCACCUCCCAGGAGCUGCAGAUGAAGCGCACAGCAAUCGAGGCCUUCAACGAGACCAUCAAGAUCUUCGAGGAGCAGGGCCAGACGCAGGAGAAGUGCAGCAAGGAGUACCUGGAGCGCUUCCGGCGCGAGGGCAACGAGAAGGAGAUGCAGCGGAUCCUGCUGAACUCGGAGCGGCUCAAGUCCCGCAUCGCGGAGAUCCACGAAAGUCGCACAAAGCUGGAGCAGGACCUGCGGGCCCAGGCCUCGGACAACCGCGAGAUCGACAAGCGCAUGAACAGCCUCAAGCCCGACCUCAUGCAGCUGCGCAAGAUCCGCGACCAGUACCUCGUGUGGCUUACCCAAAAAGGUGCCCGGCAGAAGAAGAUCAAUGAGUGGUUGGGGAUCAAAAACGAAACAGAGGACCAGUACGCUCUGAUGGAGGACGAGGAGGACCUCCCCCACCACGAGGAGCGCACGUGGUACGUGGGCAAGAUCAACCGCACCCAGGCCGAGGAGAUGCUCAGCGGCAAGCGCGACGGCACCUUCCUCAUCCGUGAGAGCAGCCAGCGCGGCUGCUACGCCUGCUCCGUGGUGGUGGACGGUGACACCAAGCACUGUGUCAUCUACCGCACGGCCACCGGCUUCGGCUUCGCAGAGCCCUACAACCUGUACGGGUCGCUGAAGGAGCUGGUGCUGCACUACCAGCAGGCGUCCCUGGUGCAGCACAACGACGCGCUGCCCGUCACCCUGGCCCACCCCGUGCGCGCCCCCGGCCCCGGGCCGCCGCCCGCCGCGCGCUGAGCCCAGGACAGACCAGCCCCCAGGGUCCCCACCCGCUCGCUCUGCCCUCUUCCCAGCCUCCCCUCCGUUCCUGGUCUCUGUCUCUGUUUCCACGUUGGGGGUCCUGCCCCUCCACCCCCUGUCCCUGGACGGCGCCCCUCGCCCCGCCCCCGCAGUCCCUGGAGCCCCUCCCGGCUGCACCUCCAUGUUUACAGAGGCCCCCGGGCUGCGCGGCCCCGGCCUGGGCGCCCCGAUUUUUAAGCCAUAGACCUGGGGUCAGGGCAGGAAGGAACUUCGCUCGGCUGCUCCCAAGAACCUCGGCCGCGACCCUCGGGGCCGGGCGGGACCCGCCCCACGGACCCCAACUUCCCCUCCCGACACUGAAGUGAAACCGUCGCCUGACAGGCCGCGACAAGAGUCAAAAAUAAACUGGUGAGCGCCUGCCCCGAGCCCAGGCCUCCAGGGCUGCGCCCCCGGGUGACCGCUGCGACACUGCCCACGGUACCUCCACUGACCAGGUUCAGGCUCCUCCCGAUCAUGUUGGGUUUCGAUUUGUUUUUCCUCGACUGUAAGCUCCCCCUCGGUCUCUUGGGACGAGUGCCCUGUUUUCUACACUGCCCGGGACCCCGCUGCCCGCCCGCCAGGCUGGGCGCAGCUUUUGUACGGUACGUUGUUACGACAUGGAGAUAAAACAUUUGAACAUGGA